CUACUGGCAGCUGGAACCUCAUAUAAUUCACACACCUGGCUCCUCCUAGUUCACUUGUGAACCAUUAUAGUUCACACACCUGGACCCACGUAGUUCACUUGUGAACCAUUACUAUUCAACCCCGGUCAGUAGCGAGCGAGCCUCGAGGUGGUCACCAUCACGCACCAUGGCUGAAGAUGAUUUAUCAUCAGACGAGUUUAUCUUCUGCGAGUCUUGGAAAAACUGCGAGAUAUAUCGCAACAUGAAAAUGGGGAUUGCACUGAGGAAGAGCCUGAAGGAGCUAGUCGAUGCCCAGCGGCUUACAGAGGUGAGGGCUGAUCGUGUGCUUCGCAGGUUCGAUCUCGAAGUUAAGAAUGCUUUUAGAGAAGAACGUGACUAUGGUGGUUGCUUGAGAGUUAAGGCUCACAGUUUGGUCAAUUACAGAGGUAAUGAAAAGUAUUGGACCAUAUGGCUAUGUGAUGUACAUGUUAUAUGUUGCGCAAAAUUACACUUUGUGGAUAAGUUGAAGCUUAUUGGUUGUCGUUGUUACUCUAAGUAGGGUGAUGCUAUUGAGAGUAAGAGCGAUAGAGGCCAAAUGCUUGAAGAAGGGAGCUUUUUUUUGGGCCUUGCCAUCCAAAACAUUAAAUGAAAUAACAAUCAACAAACAAAUUAUGGAUACAUGCUUAUGGGGGAAAAUGAAGAAGUACUGACAGUAUUUAUUUUUACAGGCGAUUUGAUAAUAUUAGAAGGUCUGUCAUCAAUUUAAAAAAAACUAUUUGGUUUUUGUAAUAUUGUAAGGAACAUUGUACUUCAUAUAAUAUAUAUUUUUAUUUUA